CACAACUCUACUUCCAUUUAAGUUUCAAUCUUCAGGACACGGCAGCCAUAGCCGGAGUAGCCCAAAAUUCCGAACUCAAACAGCUAGCCCGGCUUAAAGUCGCAGUACUCACGCCAUUCUGCUUCGUUCAUUUUGCCAAACCAGUCAAGACGGUAUUUCCAGGCUAAAAUCGCGCGACCCGUCGAACCAACGACUCCAAGCUACAUUCAAACAGUACCUGGCACCGCCAGUCCGAACUCCACCAUGUCAGAAUCAACCGCCCUCACACAGAAGGAACAAGAAAACCGGACGACCGUCAUCGUCUUGGUCGCCAUGGUCCAGAUCUUCAUCACCGUCGCCCUUGUCAAUACGGUCGACGUCAAGCGGCGCUGGCCGCGUGUGCGGCAGGACGGCUGCCUGUACGCGCUGGCGCUGACAGGCGUCUUCCUGGUAUCUCUCAUGUGGCCCGUAGCUGCCGCGCUCAUCGUCCUGUGGCUCGCGGUCAGCAUCGUGCUAGUACCGUUCUACCUCGUCGGCCACUUCUGCUGCGCCCCCGGCCAGACGUGCUGCGGCGUCGACUGGGUCAAGUUGUGCCGGUGGGUUCUUAAUCUUAGGCCAGCGCUGAGGGAGCGGACACCCAACACGCCAGGCCGACAGCUCGAUGGUGAUGUCGAGCAGCAGCCCCCCGGCAGCACCGAUACCAUGGAGCUGCCACAGCGCCCGCCGCCUGCUGCAAAGACUAGCGAUGGCACCAGGACCGACGACAUGGAGCUGCCGCCUUAUAGCUUGCAGGAUCCUUCUCGGCGGGAGUGA